UUGAGUCCAGCCUCCUGUUUCCCUCCCUCUCUCCCUCCCUUCCUCUCCCCUUUCUCUUUCUCUCUGUUCCAACCUCCUUGUUUUCCUGCACAGCCCAGCCUCUUCUUGCAAGCAUUACCUUUGCAGUAUCUGUCUCUCGCCCUGCUGCAUCAACAUCCCCCAUUCCUUUUUAUUUCAAGAAAGAACGUGCUGAAGGAAAACAGGAGGUAUUGGCUGUGUACUACCCUCCACCCAUCCUUUCCCUCCCCUUUUUCUUACCCCUGCUCAAUUGCCCCACCUCACAAUUUUCUUGGAAGAUGCACUAGAAAAUCACUAUGGCUCGUUGAGGGACAGUCUACCCCUGUAAAGCACUCUCAACUGACAGCUCCUAAGACGGACCCAGUGGUGAACUGGAGCUACUGAGCAGUCACCAUGACAACAGAACUGGGGACGGACACUGGGCUUCAUCCAGAUCCAGAAGCGCCUGCUCAAGAUGGGGUUCAUAAUCCUGUUAUACAACCUCAAGAAAACCCACACACUCCUGCUAAUAAUGUAGAGAGGUCAGCUGCCAAUGAGAACCAACGGAGGCCUGCAGAGGGUGAAGAGAGAGUAGAUGGGGUAGUUGAGAGGUCAACACCCACACCGACACAGCAUUCACCCCAGAAAGUACAGAGGAAACUCAAGAGCACACUUUGUAAAGUUACUCUGCUUGACUCUUCUCAAUAUGAGUGUGAAGUGGAGAAACAUGCCCGGGGUCAAGUACUUUUUGAGACAGUUUGCGAGCACCUGAACCUUCUAGAGAAAGAUUACUUUGGCUUGACGUUUUGUGACUCAGAGAGUCAAAAGAACUGGCUGGAUCCCUCUAAGGAAAUAAAAAAACAGAUAAGAAGUGCUCCGUGGCAGUUUGGUUUCACAGUAAAAUUUUAUCCUCCAGACCCAGCACAGCUCAUAGAGGAUAUCACAAGGUAUUACCUGUGCCUGCAACUGCGUGCUGACAUUAUCAGUGGGCGCCUGCCUUGCUCGUUUGUUACUCACGCCCUGCUGGGGUCAUACACUGUGCAGGCUGAACUGGGAGAUUAUGACCCUGAAGAGAAUCAUGGGAAUUACGUGAGCGAGCUCCGCUUUUCACCAAACCAGACGCGAGAACUGGAGGAGAGAGUAAUGGAGUUACACAAAACAUACAGGGGGAUGACUCCAGCUGAGGCCGAGAUACAUUUUCUUGAAAAUGCCAAGAAAUUGUCAAUGUAUGGAGUGGAUUUGCACCAUGCCAAGGACUCAGAAGGCAUUGACAUAAUGCUGGGGGUUUGUGCCAAUGGGCUGCUGAUCUACAGGGAUCGACUAAGAAUAAACCGCUUUGCCUGGCCAAAAAUUUUAAAGAUUUCCUACAAAAGAAGCAAUUUUUACAUCAAGAUCAGGCCUGGAGAGUAUGAACAGUUUGAGAGCACCAUCGGGUUCAAGUUACCCAAUCAUCGAGCAGCGAAGCGUCUUUGGAAGGUUUGCAUAGAACAUCACACCUUUUUCAGGCUUGUAUCCCCAGAACCAGCCCCUAAAGGUUUCCUGGUGAUGGGCUCCAAGUUUCGGUACAGCGGACGAACACAGGCACAGACUCAGCAGGCGAGUGCUCUCAUAGACCGACCGGCUCCCAACUUCAAACGCUCCGCUAGCAAACGGUACACGCUGUCCCAGAGCCUCGAAGGAGGAUUUUCACGGUCAUCUGCUUUAAAUGAAAACCAUGAAUCCUCACCAGAGAAAAACCAUGAUAGUCUACAGGGAGAGAAAGAAGAGGAUGAGGACGAGGUGACCACACCAACCAAAAUAAAGGAGAUGAAGUUUUUGGAUAAAUCAGAAGAUGUUCUUCUCAAGCAUCAGGCCAGUAUUAAUGAAUUGAAAAGAACCCUGAAACAGCCUAACAGCAAGUUGGUUCAUAGAGAGCGAGGGAGGGAGAAGAGACUUCCAUCCUCACCUACCUCCUUAUCUUCGAAACCAGAGGAUGCAGAAGAUACAGCAAUAGGAGAGGAGGAGGUACCGGACUCUGCUGCAGCUGCUCAGGAUUCCGAAGUUUUUAUACAGAAAAGCCUGGCUGCUUCCCCAGAGGGAACAGAGCAUUGGGUUUUUAUAGAAAGACCAGCAGAUGUGGUUCAGUCAUCCCCUGAAGAGGAGGGAAAGAAAGAAAAAAUUCAGUCUCCUGUACCAGACAUACCUUCAGAAAAGGAAAAUCACAUGUACAAGGAACAAACGUUUCAAAAAAAGGAUGUGGAACAAGAUGAAAGGGAAUCAGAGAGACCAGAAAAUCCACCAAAGGCAUUUGAGAGAAGAAUCAGAUUAACUGAGAGGGAGGAGCGAUUGGUGAUGGUAACCAGUGAGUGGGACGAUGUUGAGGUCAAAGCUAGGACUGCUCCCGAUGGAGCACCUGCUGAGGACAACAGGGAUUGGGUAGUCAAAGGAGAGAACAUGGAGUCAUCUAUUGUUUGGCUGAAGAGAGAAAUAUCAGUGCCAAGAAGAGAUAAUGAAGAGAAAGGAGAGGGUAAUAUAUCUCACACUAUGGAAAAAGAGAGAGAAAGUGUAGCACUUGAAACAUCAGAAAGAGACAACGGCUUGUCCAGGAGUGUUGUGGAACUCAAGGGUGCAAGGCUACUUUUGUCUGAAGAAGAAGCCAGUGAUGCAGCUGAAGACGUUGAUAUAGAGUGGGAUGAGCAGGAGAAACCUUUGUUAUGGUGUGAGAAUUCUGGGUACCAGCAGCUCAGGGCGCAAGAUAACAAUAAGGUUAAGGAUAGUUCAGCAGCACCAGGAAAUGAGCAGGUGCAUAUUAUGGACACAGAGGAGCAAGUCAACUCGCUAGAUCAAGCCAGGUCUUUAACAAGUGAAAGAGAAAAGUUCACCCAGGAUUAUGUCACAGUUGAUGUUAUAAAGUUAGAAAAGCCAGAAGAAGAUACUAUCAGUGAGGAAUAUUUAAGAGAUACGUUGGUAACAUCUACCGGGGCCGGUGUUGUUCAGGCUACAGAGCAUCCUCUGGAAGUGACACAAAGUAGGGAUAAUGAGGAAUCAGCACUGGAAGAUUGGGGUCCUCCAGUUCUUCACUUUAUGCUACCCACCAUAAUUCCACUACCAGUAACAACACACAGAAACCAUCAAGAAGAAUCUGUAUAUAACAACCCAUCUAAGAGGCUUCUGCUCCAGCCCAGUCCCCAACAGCACCAAGGAGGUGAUGCAAGUCCAGUCGAGUCUACAACAGACACUCCAGGAGACAUCUCUUCUCCAGACUCUGGCUGUGAAAUCACUCUAAUGGAUGCUGCGUGUCAACCCCUUGAACCAACAUCCUGGGAGGAAAGGGAUGUCCCAUCUGCACUCAGAGAGGUGUCCCCGAUGGAUCAUGGUUAUAGGAAAACUGGGACAGUCCUUUUUCAGAGAGUGAGCAGCAGGGAAGCAGAGGAAAUUCGGGGGCCAGGUGAGGAGGAGCAGAGUGCCGGUCUCCUGAAGGACAAUAACCUUAGCAUCGAAAGGAAGUGCUCCAGCAUUACCGUCAGCUCAACAUCAAGCCUGGAAGCAGAAGUAGACUUCACCGUCAUUGGAGACUACCACUCCAAUGUAGGGUUUGAAGACUUCACUCGCAGCUUGCCUGAGCUGCACAGAGACCAAGGUGAUGGGUCAGGAAGCACUCAAGAAAACAACCCCACGACAGCCCAUCCAGAGCUACCAUAUGACAAAGAUAAAGAGGAGGAGAAACAAGUAGAGCCAUGCCCACAAAAUGCUGAAAAGGAGAUAAUGAAUUCUGUAAACACAUAUAGUCGGACAGAAACAACUGGCUUCAUACACACACAGAUCUCCACACUGCAAACCGUUCAGGUGGAUGGAAAGGAGACAGUUGUGAGUAGUCAGACAGUAACCACUGAGACAGUAACCCCUGCACAGGUUGAGGAAAAUAAAGCUGAUACAGCACUAACACAAAAAAUAUCAUCCAGUGAGGCUCCCCCGGUGCUAUCAGAAGCCACACGUAUUCCAGUUGUGCCCACGGCAAAUGUCACCCACACUGCCACAGCAGAGACGUUAUCCUCCUCCACAACAACACACGUAACCAAGACUGUGAAAGGCGGAUUCUCUGAGACCCGAAUAGAGAAACGGAUAAUUAUUACUGGAGACGAAGAUGUUGAUCAGGAGCAGGCCCUUGCAUUGGCCAUAAAAGAAGCAAAGUUACAGCAUCCGGAUAUGCUAGUAACUAAGGCCGUGGUAUAUUGUGAGACAGAGCCCUCCCCUGAGGAGUCUGGAGAGAGUGCUCAGAAAUCUUGACCUUGGAUUUGGAAGUGAAAAUCUCCAUCUGCCUCCCUUCUUCUAUCCCAUACCUUUGAAAUAUGAACACCUUCUCCUUCCCCAGAUCCCCCCUAUAUAUCACGCCAGCUGCAACACCACCGCACUUGGAAGCGGGCAUCUGUAACCAACGGAGACUGCGUUCCAGCAGAGAGAUACUGUUGUCCCAUUCUCACAAGCGUAAAUUAUGCCAGAGGCUUGUAAAGGGGGUUACACUGCACCUUCCCGUCAUCCCCACUCCUAUUCUCUCCAGAAAAGCAUGCGUGGCAAUGCGUGACUGCAUGCAGCAUCUACAGGGUUACUUUUUUCUGCACUGUUAGGAAAUUCAUGCUCUGAAUUAUGAGGGUUCACUGACUCUCAUUACUCUUGAGGACACUCCAGCAGCAAAAACUGGUUUAAUCUAUUUAGUAGGUAACGCUACAUAAGAACAAAACCUAUCAAUGUUUGAGCCUGUCCUCAUAAUUUGCAGUCAGGAGGUCACUAUAUUAGAUAGACACCCAGGACUGUCUAAGUAUGCCCUGAUAACCUGGCGUCAGGUCAUUCUACAUUAAAAUAACCAGGCCUUCAAGUAAAUGCAGUAUAGUCAUACUUAUGCUGUGGCUCGGUUUAACUCUUUGGUUGCCAGAAAUGCAUCACAACCAUAUUUGACAGCAAAUAGAUUAAACGGUUGAAGCCCUGUAGAAUGUAUUUUCAUAGCCUUCAUUAAAGAGAUGGUGUGGUUAUUACAUAAUAAUGGUACUGUGAAUUCCUAAUACGCAGAAAUAGCAUUUUAAUUUAUUGACUCUGCAGGGAAAUGAGUAAGCUUGCCUGCAGGAUUGAAUAAUUAACUUUAUUAACUUUUUUUUAGCUUUCCCACUCCUAAGAUCAAUGCAGUUAAAAUAAUGCUGAUCUUUGACCAGUGCAAGUACACAGUCAUGCUGUAUUAACCCACUCAUUGCCAGCUGCGGAGCCCGGAGAUACCCUUACUAGUUGGGGACAAACUGAGCUGUGUGUGAAAACAGUAGAAUUAAAUCUCGCACAAGGGGGAGGUCUGAACUAGUGCGAUACUGUGCUCUGCCCCUUCCCUCCCACCACCCUAUGCUCCGUGACAUCUAUAGCCAAUAAAAACAAAGUCAGUGUGGUCAGCCUAUGCUAGUCUUUUUUGUGGUUUGGUAUGAAGCCUCAUAAUCAACAGGUGGAGUUAGUAUAUGAAGCAGUAGGAUCCGUUUUAUAGUUCUUUUGAAGCAAAAGGAGGAGUUACAAAGAGCAGCAUAACAUGUUACUAGGGGUGUUAUAUUGAGUUAUAUGAGGCAUUAACAGUAACUGUUAUAUGUAGCAAGAAGAGAAGAUAUUGUAGGGUUAAGUGUAAUAAGCAAUAUGAAAUUACACCAAGUGGUAAGUCAGGGUCUACCAGUAAACAGAUUAAACUCUUCAAAAUGCUUCUGCAGUUGUUUAUAAAUAAAUACGUCUCUUUAUGAAACCUCCAAUGUUUUCAAAAAUCAGCAUCAUCAAAUUCAUGUUUUUUUUUCAUAACUGUGAUUUGUUUAUGAUAAGGAAAUUGCGUUUUAAAGAACUUGGACGUUUACAACAUGUCAUCUGAUACCUAUCAAAUAGAAGAUAUAUAAAGUGCUAAAUAAAUAUUGUGAGUACUUUAUAACAUA